CCCCGCACCCUCUUCCGGCGGAAAUGGGCUUCUGCAGCCAUGUUAGUGUUUUAAGUUUAAAUAGGGACGAAGAAGGACUGGCUUCUGACGUAACUUCUCGUCAUCCUGAUUCACUACGUGUGACUUCCUAGCCCAGCCCCCAAGCUGUGAAGGCCGUGAGAUGCGUAGGCAGCGGUCCACUGAAUGGGAAGCGAUACAGUUAUAUAGUCCAUGUAUUAAUGGGUUCACGAAAUGGUUUACAGGUCAGAGACAAGAUGGCGGCGGACUGUGCUAGCAGUUGGCACUGCUAAAUCUCGCUGAGAAAACGGUUAGGUACGAGAGAAACAGAGCGUUAAUGGUGGUUGUUCCACCGCCUUCCGGUUAGACACCCUCGGCAGGUACAGUGAUGGUAAUGUUGUACGGGUUGUUAUGGAGGCUGUUGCUCCUUUUGGUCCACGUAAACAGAGCUCUCGUCUCCUGGCUCCGGGUCCGGCUUCAGAGCUGGAAGAGCCGACUGUGGGAGCGGGCCAUGGCUUCAUUGUUGCUGCCCCUCGCCCUGGCUGGUUUUCCAGAGCAGCAGAAAAAGUUGAAUAGAACGCCGGGUGCUGACGAUAACCCGUCACAUGCAAACGGCGGCCCUAGUCCCCGCUUGCGGUACAUUUCUGAUGGCAUGUCUCUGCAAAAGCUACCGGUACACAUCGGUUUUUUGGUCACGGAAGAAGAGCCGAGCUACACGGACAUCGCAAACCUAGUGGUGUGGUGCAUGGCUGUGGGAAUAUCUUAUAUCAGCGUCUACGACAACCACGAUAUUUUUCAAAAGAACCACUCCCGUCUUCUGAAGGAAAUUGAGAGGCAGCAGAGACACUUGAUGGGUGGCGAUGGACACCCAUACAAUGUGGAAUUCCUGAGCAAUGGUAGUGAUAAAUGCCACAAUGGUAAGAAAAAGUCAAAAGUCACGUUUGUUUUUUUUGUUUUGUUUUUUCCAGGUGCAAAGACGAUUCCUGACCCUGAGCUGGUGGUAAAGUUUGGUCCUGUGGAUAGCACUCUAGGCUUCCUCCCCUGGCACAUAAGACUCACUGAAUUUAUCUUUGUGCCCUCCCACAGAGAUGUAUCCUACAAGGAUUUGUUGGGAGCUCUAAAGCUGUACAGUUCAUGUCAGCAGCGGGUCGGCCAGUGACAUCCAGCACAGCUUCCAGUCUGUCAGGCUGGAAGAAAUGUUAACUUCAAAGAACAAAGAAAUGUUUUGUCAGCACCCGCUGUGGGCUUCACUACUUCCAUCCUUUACUCCUGUCCAUCCUCUUGACGACUAACAGACAUCAAGCCAGAGAUUACCAAAUGAGUCUUUUUUUUGGAGGACUUUUGAAAGACUGUUCAGUUCUCUGUAAGCAUCCGUCAUUCAUUCAGCUGUUGUUGACGUCUGAGGAACUUGCCCUUUGUUCGUGAAUAAAAAAAACAAACAAACAAGUCAUCAUGCCUAA